AUGGUGACGGUGAAGAAGACGAAGAAGACCCAUGAGAGCAUCAACAACAAGCUUGCCCUCGUUAUGAAGAGCAACAAAUAUACUCUCGGUUACAAAACCAUCCUUCGCUCUCUUCGCAGCUCCAAAGGGAAGCUGAUCAUCCUCUCCGACAAUUGCCCCCCGCUACGCAAGUCCGAGAUUGAAUACUACGCAAUGCUUGCUAAGAUUGGCGUCCACCAUUACAAUGGAAACAAUGUUGAUCUGGGAACUACUUGUGGAAAGUAUUUUCGUGUGUUGUGCCUUAGCAUUGUUGAUCCAAGUGAUUCAGAUAUUAUCAAGUCGCUACUUGAAGAUCACUGAGAGAUGUUU